CGGGCGCCCCCGGCCGGGCCCGCCAGACCGGUUGGCUCCUGCGGCCCGUGCUGCUCCCUCCGCCUCUCCGAGGCGCGGCUCGGCCGGGCCCGGCGUCCUGCGGCCGCAUAGAGGCCGGGCGGCUCCAUGGCUUUCAUCCGCAAGCGGCGGCAGGAGCAGGAGCUGUACUCCAAGGAGAGGUUUUCACUGCUGCUUCUUAACCUGGAAGAAUAUUACUUUGAACAACACAGAGCUAAUCAUAUCAUAAGUAAAGGUUGCAGAGAUGAAAGGAAAAUAAGAGGUUCUCUAAAAAUCUGCUCAAAGUCGAUCAUUUUCGAACCUGAUGAAAAUCUCCAACCCAUUAUCAAGAUACCAUUGAGAGACUGCAUUAGUAUAAAAGCACCAGAAGACAAUGAAGCGAAUAACCUCUUCUUACGGGAGAUAUCUGGUGGGAUUUCUGUUGUGUGUAAUCAGGUUUUUCUUAUUAAAGAAAGAAACGUUAUUGCACCCUAUAAAACAGUAAGAGGUAAAACAGAACACCUAUUCCAACUGGAUGUAGCUGGGAAACUAGGAGAUGUUGUGCAAACUCUACAUCAGCUCUACAGGGCUUCUUGUCUAGAUAAGAUGGGAGAUCAAGCUGCCAUGAUAACUGCUAUACUGCAAUCCCGUUUGGCUAGAACUUCAUUUGAUAAAAACAGAUUUCAAAGCAUUUCUGAAACACUGCGUAUGGAAUGUAAAGCAGAAAUGGUGACACCACUGGUGACUAAUCCAGGGCAUGUGUGUGUUACUGAUGCUAACUUGUACUUCCAGCCUCUUAAUGGAUAUCCUAAACCAGUAGUACGAAUCACACUGCAAAAUGUACGCCGCAUCUAUAAAAGAAGACACGGUCUAAUGCCACUGGGACUCGAAGUAUUUUGCACAGAAAAUGAUAUCUGUUCUGACAUCUACCUGAAAUUCUACAACUGUCAAGAUCGAGAUGAGCUCUAUUACCUUAUUGCUACAUAUAUAGAAAAUCAUAUUACAGAGCAUACAGCUGAGAGCUACAUGUUGCAAUGGCAGCGAGGACACAUAUCAAACUACCAGUAUCUACUUCAUCUCAACAAUCUGGCUGAUAGGAGCUGCAAUGAUCUCUCCCAGUAUCCUGUAUUUCCCUGGAUCAUAGCAGACUACUCUAGUGCAGAAUUAGAUCUGACAAAACCUGCAACAUUCCGUGACCUUAGUAAACCAAUUGGUGCCCUGAAUAAAGAGAGACUUGAGAGAUUAUUGACACGUUAUGAGGAAAUGCCUGAACCUAAGUUCAUGUAUGGGAGCCACUAUUCAUCCCCGGGUUACGUUUUGUUUUAUCUUGUUAGAGUUGCUCCAGAAUACAUGCUCUGUCUGCAGAACGGGAAGUUUGAUCAUGCCGACAGAAUGUUCAACAGUGUUGCAGAAACCUGGAAAAACUGUUUGGAUGGAGCAACAGAUUUCAAAGAGUUGAUUCCAGAAUUUUAUGAAAACGAUUCUAGCUUUCUAGUAAACAGCUUGAAAUUGGACUUAGGAAAAAGACAGGGUGGAAAGACUGUUGAAGAUGUAGAGCUUCCCCCUUGGGCAUCAGGUCCUGAUGACUUCCUUCGGAAGAGCCAAGAGGCUUUAGAAAGUGAGUAUGUAUCAGAGCAUCUUCAUGAGUGGAUUGACCUCAUAUUUGGCUGCAAACAGAAAGGAAGUAAAGCUGUUACAGCUUGCAAUGUGUUUCACCCAUUAACUUAUGAAGGAGGAGUGGAUUUAAACAGCAUUAUGGACCCCAAUGAGAAAGUAGCUCUGCUGACGCAGAUCUUGGAGUUUGGACAGACACCGAAGCAGUUGUUUACAACUCCUCAUCCUCAAAGGAUAAUGCCAAAAAGCUCCUCUCGAACAUCUAGUCACAGCGUUUCCAUACCUGAAUCUCCAGUUUCUCCACAUGAAGAAUCAUUUGAAGAUUUGACAGAAGAAAGCAUUACGCUUGCUUGGAACAAUAUAUCUAAACUAAGACAAGAGGAACAAUAUAAAAUUCACAAAGAGGCAAUUACAGGAAUAGCAGUCACCUGCAAUGGGUCUUCGGUGUUCACCACAUCCCAAGACUCAACUUUGAAGAUGUUCUCCAAAGAAUCAAAAACACUCCAAAGAAGCGUGUCCUUUUCCAACAUGGCUUUGUCAUCUUGCAUCAUCUUACCAGGAGAUACCACUGUCAUAAGUUCUUCAUGGGACAAUAAUAUAUAUUUCUAUUCAAUUGCAUUUGGAAGACGGCAGGACAUCUUAAUGGGACACGACGACGCUGUCAGUAAAAUUUGUUGGCGCAAUGGGUGUUUGUAUUCUGCAUCCUGGGAUUCCACUGUGAAGGUGUGGAAAUGCGUACCCGGAGAGACAUUGAGCAAUAAAAGAAACUGCUUUGAAUUGCUUGCAGAGUUAGAGCACGACGUUAGUGUAAAUACGAUCGACCUUACAGCUUCAAACACAAUACUGGCAUCUGGAACCAAAGAGGGCACCAUCAGUGUUUGGGAUGUUACCACAGCAACAGUGCUGCACCAGUUGUCGUGUCAUUCCGGUACUGUGUUCGAUGCUGCGUUUAGUCCUGAUGGUAGACACCUACUCAGCGCGGGAGAAGACUAUUGUUUUAAAGUAAUAGAUGUACAGACUGGAAUGCUUAUAUCUUCUGUGACUGCUGAUGAGCCACAAAGGUGCUUCAGGUGGGAUGGAAAUACUGUCUUGUCAGGAAGUCAGUCUGGUGAAUUACUGACUUGGGACCUCCUCAGUGGAAAAGUCACUGAAAGAAUCAAAGGACAUGCAGGUGCUGUAACCUCCAUGUGGAUGAAUGAACAGUGCAACAGUGUUAUUACUGGAGGGGAAGACAGACAGAUGAUAUUCUGGAAACUGCAGUACUAAGUGCCUUUCCCUCCAGAUGUUUAAAUGAACUCUUUCAUUUUAAACCAAACCUUUUAAAGGAACUCACUUAACUGUGUGCAAUGAUGGCUGCUGGAGUUCAACCAGAGAAGAAGCUUUGCUCAACCACACCUUUCCAGCUUCUGGUGACUUCACUGAGAGCUCUUAACUUCCAUUAUGUACGCAUUUGGUUUUCAUAAACUACCAAAAAUGCUUGUCUAAUAAUGAGAUGACAUUAAAGACCUAUUUUUCUGUAACUAAA